AUGGAUAUAGAAGGAUUUAUUUUGUUUAUAUCAGAUCUCAGGAAGAUUGAUAAUCCUGAGGAAGAGGCUGCUAGGGUUCAGCAAGAACUUGCAAAGAUCCGCCAAAGGUUCAACGCGCCACAAGUCACUGGUUAUGAGAUGCGCAAGAAUAUAUGGAAGAUGAUUUACUGUCAUAUGUUGGGUUAUGAUAUAGAUUUUGGUCAUAUGGAAAUAAUCAACCUAUUGGCUUCCAGUAAGUACCACGAAAAGCUUGCUGGCUACAUGGGUUUUACUACUCUAUUAGCUAAUCAUGAUGAACUGAUUCGUCUAAGCAUCAACUCAAUCCAGGAUGAUAUUAAUAGCGGCAACGAGAGGUUCAUUAGCUUAGCUCUUUCCUUCAUUGCGUGUACUCCUUCCACAGAAAUAUCUGAAAGGCUAUACUACCAUGUAAUCAAAAUUAUCGACCCGGCAUACAACCACAGCAUUUAUCUCAAGAAGAAGGCGUUUCUAGCUUUGACACAAAUACUAAACACAAGUCCAUCAUUGCUAAAAGUGGGCGAAUGGAUUCCAAUUGUAGAAAACGUUCUUAAGACUGAGACAGACGAAUCUUGUCUAGUAACUGCGACUACUUUUAUGGAAAUUUUGUUUAAGAAGGAGGCAAAUUGGGAAAAGUCAAUUCACCUAAUUGUGGAAAACCUUUUACAUGUCAUUAGAGGGGAUGUGCCUCAGGUAUACAUGUACAACACUAUCCCAGCGCCUUGGCUCUCUAUAAAAUACUUGCAUUUAUUAAGCAUGAUCAAGCCACAAGACAAAACAAUAUAUUUAAGUAACUUGGGAAUAACGCUAAUAUCAAUUCUCACUAAGCCUGUAACAAAACCUUACUCUAAACCUAGGCGCGGUGUUAAAUUGUCAAAACAGGAAAUAUCUGCCGAAAAUAUGCACAACUCAAUGAUUAUUUUGGAACAUGCCAUCAAAUUGGAGGCACUCAAGGUUGCUAUUGUCUGGAGAAAAUACAUUGAGGGGAUAGAUUUUGAUAUGAUAACGCGUAUUUUAGACUCUUUUACCUCUUCAAAAUCUGCUAGCAUCAGGUACAUUGGAUUGGAGAUGAUGGCCAGAUUAACAAAAGAGACGUCCAAUCUCAAUAAUUUUAAGAAUCACUUGCAAUCGGCGAUAACAUUUCUAAAAAAUGAUGAUCAGGAGGUUAGGAAGCAAUCUGCAGAGGUCUUAUACAAUCUUUGUGACAAGAAUAAUUGGAAGGUCAUAAUCCCAGAACUAUUGGUUACCCUACGCCAUUCUAACAUGUCUCUUCAAAGUGACUUAGUGAUUAGAAUUGCAUCAAUUGCCGAAAAAUAUGCUUCAGAUACUUCUUGGCACAUAGACACAAUAUUCAAUUUGAUAGAUUAUGCCCCGGAUAUUAUGGAGGAUAACAUUUGGUACCGCAUCAUAUGGUGGCUUUCUGGUCUAAAAACGGAACACUAUAUACAACUCCAAAAGUAUGCAGUUAGCCGUGCGUUCAAUAUUCUAAAUGAACAUAAGGCAGGGUUUAGUUAUACUGUACCAGAGCCACUACAAAAGUUAUGUGGAUAUUUACUGGGUGAAUUUGGUUAUCUGUUACCUUAUAACGAUCGAAAUAAGGCAUUCAAACUCAUAAAGGGCUAUUUCAUUGCAGUGUCUAAUGAUGUGAAGAGGAUCUUUUUAAUUGCCUUAGCAAAAUUUGCCAUUGAUGAAAAAUUCAAACCCGCCGCACUCACAUUCUUGAGGGAUGUCUCGGAAAAUGACAUAGAUAUUGAAGUACAAACGCGUGCUUACGAAAUGUUGAAGCUGUUGUCUGCUGAUAAGGAAUUUUAUCAGAACGUUUUGAAAAAUAUGCCAAAAUAUCCCAGCUCCUUGAAGAAAAUGUUUGUAAAAUUACCUUCUUAUGGCAAAGAUAUAUGCGUAGUGGAACCAAAGCGCGUAACAAAAACAAUAUGUGAUAUGGUAAAGGAAAAGAUGGAAUUUCAGGAAAAGGAAACGAUGGAUAUACCCAAACCAAACGAACAGCUGAAAGAUGCAACAAACGAUGAAAGAUGGAAGUUGUUUUUGAGUAAUGAAUUUAGUAGUGGAUUGUACUAUAGUGAAAAGUAUAUAACUGUUUCACUAAGUCAUUUAUACAAGGGACAUAUGGGUAAAGUUCAAAUUAUAGUACAAAAUUCGGAUGAUUCUUACACACUAAAUAUUUUCUCCAUAACUUUCCAAGAAGUGGCCGGGCUGAUAUUUUCAUGUAAUAAAUACGAACCCACCACUAUUAAGAAUGGCGAGAAAACGUCAAUUAAAGCCUCAUUCCAAGCAAUGCAGCCCUUUGUUGGUGUGCCAACUUGUACAAUUGUGGCUCAAGUUAUUACUCCUAAGAAGACAAAAAACUUAAAUGUAGUGUUUGAUUUACCCAUCUUAGUGACCAAGUUGAUAUCGCCUGUACAAUUGAAGACUUCUCAAUUCGCCAACUCGUGGAAUUCAAUUCAAAAUGAAUGCAUUGUUAAUACCAAAUUGAAGUCCAAAUAUGAUAUCGUGGAUUCGCUAAUUGCAUCUAUAUCCCGAUGGAUGGAUAUGCACCUAACCAAAACAAGCGAUACAAUUUAUGCCUCAGCCUCCAUGGCUAUAGGGAUGCCUGAUGAAAACAGGAACCACACUAUGAUACCAUGUUUCAUCAUGAUGAAAUUGAUCAAAUCGCAUGUAACUCUUGAGGUUCGAUCUCCUGAUCCCAUGGCUGCUAAAAGUUUGGCACAUGCCAUCAAAUCGGUACUUUAG